AUGGCGUCACUUCAGCAGGAAACUACCAAGCAAAGAGGCCCCGAUGAAAAAGAAAUCCUUUCGCCCAGUAAAGUUAAAGAAACUCCCGGUACAACUCGUAAUAAUAUUCGCAAUGCUAAGCGCGCACCAAUGAGUGCCAGUGAUGUAUUUUCCAAACCAAAAUUUGUCCCAAAGCCACUUAGUAGAACACCCAAGUCAGCUAUACGAUCAUCACCGCAGUCUCAAGCGCCUCCACCUCCUAUGUCCGAAAUGUCGAAUAUACCAGUCGCAGCAGCUAAACAAACAGGAACCAUCAGUCGUCCUAAUAGAGGCCUAAACGACAGACACACUUUGGAAAUUCAAUUUAUCAAUAAAAAUAAAAGUUAUUUACGAAUGAAACAGGACUUGGAAGGAAAACAGAAACCCGUUUUGGAUUUAUAUAAAAAUUUAACCCAAAUCAAGAUGCGAUUGGAAGACUUAGGCAAAACUGUUAGACUAGAAGACGUUAAAAUGGUUAGUGUAAGCGAAUAUGGAAAUACCUCAAGUGAAGGCACUCCAGGAAAUUUGUCCAAAGAAGUUGUAGAAGAAAUGGUAAUAUCUAUUGAAAAAAUCCCAAAAAUUUUCUCAGAUGUUUGCAAGAAUCUUCUAACCAAAAGAUCUUUAAUGAUAGAACUUUUAGACAGCGUUUCCAAGUCCGAAAUAAACAAUUCUGACGUAUCAGAUAGAAUAGACUCUUUAAAAAUUGAAAGCACGCAGAUUCAAAUAUCUUUAGAUAACAUAAUAACUGAUAUUCAAACUAAAAUAACCGAUCUAACAGCUAAAUGGAGCGUAGCAAGUUCAAACCAUCAAUCAGACGAUGAAGCCAAAGAAUUAGAUAUUAAAUAUAAAGAACAACAAAAACUAAUGCUCGAAUGGAACCUGGUUAUUAGCAACUACCAAAAAAAAUCCGAAGCUGGUAAAGUAGCUCUUGAAAAAUCAAAUAAAACUAUUCACGCUUUAGAAGACAAGAUUAAAAUGCUCGAGCACGAUUUAGAAAUUGAACGUAAAACAUCCACCGAUGUUAAAGGUAGGAACCAUACCAAUAUACAUAGUAUUAAAUCAAUGAAAGCUAAAAUGAUCGAAUUGGAGGAAGCAAAGAAACAUUCAGAAAUCACUUGUAUUGAGUCUCAAAAAAAUCAAAAACAAUUGCAAGAGGAAUUGAGGUUUAAAGAAGCUAAAUGGAUGAAAGAAAAAGAAGACAUGAUCAAAACCUUCAAUCAACAAAAUAGUAUUUUGAAUAAAUAUGCCAGUGAAAAAACAAACUAUGCGACUACAUUGGAAGCUGUCGAAACCCAAAAGUUAACCACAGAAGACGAAUUAAACAAUCAAAUUGAUAAACUAAACAACUAUAUAAUAAAUCUUGAAAAUAAAAGUGAAGAACUUACAAAAGAAAGAAAUGAAGCCAAAGAAAAAUGUGCUCAGUUUGAAGCUAACAUUAGUCGCAUGGGAUUGGAUUUUAAAGAAACCAUGAAUAAAGUUUUUGUCAGUAUGAAAAACGGUAAAGAUGUUGUUAGUGAAAAUGCUGAGCAGCUGAGAGAACAUAUGGCCAAAGAUCUAGAAAUAAGAGAAUUAAAAGACAAACUUAAUAAGCUAGAAAGGGAUCGAUUGUUUUUUAUCGAGGAACAGAAACUGUACCAAGAAAAACAAAAAUUUCAAACUUCUGAUAUUGAUAAAGAAUUAUCGAAGCAAAAAGAAUGCAUAAUAUCCUAUAAGAGGCUUUUGGAAGACAGCGAAGAUAAACUAAAAGAAAAAUCUAAUGAAGUAGAAUAUCUUAAAACUGAAAUAAGGCAGCUAAAAGUUAGGCAAGAAGCACUGGAAGAGCAAAAUUCCAGAUGUCCUACAGACGAAUUACAAAGAAUUGUUGAGGAAGGCAGACACAAACUAAAUCAAUUAAUAAAAAAGUCCCUAGACAGUGAGCAAAAAAUGGAACAAUAUAUAGACACUAUAGAAAAGCAAGCAAAACAAAUGAGCGAAAUGGAAAAUUUAAUAAGGUACAAGGAAAAUCUAAUCAACAUUAUUAAAGCAGCCAGAGUCAAUAUUUUUAAGGAAAAAGAAAGCAUAACAAGAUACUCUCAAGAGCUGCGCUCGGCUUUAGCCGAAGUGACCGGAGAAAUCAAAAUGAAAGACGCUCUUCUUAUGAAACAGCAAGACCAACUCGAGUUACGGGAAAAGCAAAUAGACAAACUUGAAAAAGUUGUAAAAGAACAUGAGGACGAGGUUGUGGCAGCGAACGAGAAAAGAUUCAAGAUUCAGCAUAAGCUGCAAGCAACGGAAGGAGAAUUGCAAAAAUGUAAGACACAAUUGGCUGAUUUCAAUUUGAAAAGUGGACGUCCAAAAGUGAAACCUUUUUAA